CUCAAGAUGGCGGCAACGUGAAAGUAGUUUGAAUUUAGGCUGAAACUGAUCAGAUAACGAAAGCUUUGUUGUUACAAUCUGAACAUUUCAUCUGAUUCGGGUAACAUUUGGAGUUAGGUGCCACAAUGGACCAGGAUGAUGAGCUGUUUUCUUCCAUCCUCAGCUUGUGUGAGGACGAGGACGCUCCAGCUGGUGACCCUGAAGCAAGUGAUACAGUGUCUACAAAUAAUGAGGGUGGAUCUGGAUUCGCCCUCAGUAAGGACACUUCCAUAUCCUUGUCACCAAUUAAACAUACUUCUCCACUAAAGAUGGCAGACUCUCUUAACAAUAAUAACGCAUCAUUUACCAACAAAUUUACUCCGAAGGCGAAAUCUGGUCUUGAUGUGUUUAAGAGCAUGUUACUCAACCAGAGGAAGACAAGUACUCCACUUAUGGACCGGUGGAGCCUAACAAAGUCUGGACGAUCUAGGGAAGGCAAGCGCAGGCAUGAUAUUGAUGCAAUCAGCUCAAAUCUUGAGACCAUCGCUGAGCAAGAGUUGUCGUCCGAUGAGGAACAGACCCUGAGAAGGGACGAAGAUGCAGACACGACAUAUGAUGAUCUUCUACAGGAUCUUAGUGUUCUUUGUGAAAAGGAGCUAACAGAGAGAUGUGAAACUGUCAAUGCUGAACCUCCAGAAAACAAGAUCAAAGCUGAACACCAGAUAAGUCGCAUUAACCUGGACAGUAUUUUACAAAAUACCUCAUCCGUGGCCGGAGUGGUCAGGGAUAACUUUCAGACGGAGGAAGGAACAACUGCCUUCUUGUCAGAACCUGGCAGGUUCACGGGAGUAAAUACCACUACACAAUCUUCAAUCAUGGCUCUGGAAGACAGUGACAGCUUUGAAGAUGCAGACGACAUACUUGGUCUUGAUGAAUUCCUCGAAAGCGAUGAAGAAGACAAUGAUUACGACAGCUUGUUAGAGGAAACUAUCUUCCAGGAUGAUAAUGUUACAGUUGUUCCAGGAUCUGUCUCCACUGUCUUGUCAAGCUCUUUAAACACUCCCUCAUCAGUUCACAAGGCUGACUCCACUAAAAAAAUACAGACUUACAAAUGUAUCAAUAGCUCAAGUUCUAUAGGUACUAGUAACACAAAUUCAUUUCUUGCUUCAAGCUCUGCUUCAGUAACGCCUACAUCUAAACAUGUGAGUUUAUCCACUUCUACUGACUGUGUUGCUAUAAGUUCCACCCACACAAAGUUUACUAAUACAACUUGCACAGAUACCUCUGCCUCUGUUGUCUCCAGUGCAUGUACAAAAAACUUACUUCAAUCAACUGUCCCUCCUCCUACAACUUCUGAAAAUGUUUUGAGCUUAAUUCCAACUGGUAUUGGUAAAAUAGAUAACAAACUUCUCAUUUCCAGUUCGGAAAAUAGCACUGUUAACUCCACAGUCUCAAUUUUCGAGAACAGUUCACAACUCAAGACCAUUUCAUUAUACGAAAAUAGCUUGAAGUCAACUUGCUCUAGUGAAAAAACUCUUACCACAAGUCAUUCGGAAUUUCCUGACAACGAGGACGAGACCAAGGAACAUCAAAUGGAAGAAAAAGAGGAUGUUUCUGAUGCAGACAGAUUGAGCCAAGAGGAUGAGUUUACCUUAGACCUUACUAAAGAUAGUGACGAGCUGGAUGAGUUUUUACAUACAGAAGGUUUUAAAGUGAUCGAUGAUUUGAAAAACAGUUCCUUGGACAGAGAAAGAGGGAAGAAUACGAUGAAAACUCUGGUGAAGAAAGACCAGGAAAGUCUGAUGUCCAAGUGUUCAACAGGUGGGGAGACCGAAGCAGGAAAUAAAAUUGAUAAAGAAUCUGAUUAUAAUGUCCUGGACCACGACAUUCGAGAAAUAUCACCUAGGGCUCCUAAACAAAGUCAAACUCAAGAAAUCCCUGUGGAGAAAGAAUUGUGUAAAACUACUUCGGAUGCAAGUGAUGUUUGUGAUGGUUUAGCAGGACAAAGGAUAAAAAGUACAGCUAGUGAUGAGAGUCUAACUGAACAGACUGUUGAAAAUGUUGUCAAUAAGGUUGUUUCCUGGCAGGCUAGCUGCAUAUCCAGCAAACAACAUCAAGAUGAUAAAAAGGUGGGUAGCAAUGACAGCAAAUCAAUAAGUCCGCUUUCUAGCCAUCAAACCGUUCCGCACACACUCACUCAGCAGGAUAGGAAAGCAUUGCCACAAGUUCAUGUUCAUCCUUUUAAGAUGCAAGCUGAACAAAAGCCACCUCCAGCAGCAUCAGAUAAAUCAACCAAGAUAUCGCCUUCUGAAAAGAACUGCAAGAUUAACAUGACUUAUGUAGAAACAGCUGGUGUAUCGUCCGCUGAUGGUGCUAGUAAAAUCAAAACUGAAUCAACUUUGUCAUCACCCCGAGACUCCCAAAAAGUAGUAGAGAACAACAAUGUGGUCAACGAGGUGGACAAAAACCAGAACAUUGUGACUCCGUCAUUUUAUCAUGACUACGAGGCAGAGCGCCAGUUCAUCCAAGGGGAAAACAGUCUGAUGAAGCAGGUGAUGCGAAAAUGGGGGAGUGAGGGUAUCCAGACCCCAGACACUAAUCUGUCCUUCAGUAACAGAAUGAGGAAGAACAACCCACACUACCAGAGUAGAUUAGAGGGACAGAAGAUCUCUACCAUGUGGAUAGGGAGCAAAGGUAAACACCAGCAUUACAAGGAAGUGAAGCGUUUCAGGUCAGACAUUCACUCCCAGCUUAACAACAUCAACAACUUAAAACAACAGUUGCAGGAUAUAAAUAGGGUUGUGCGGGAUGAGAUUGAUCAGUCGAUAAUGGAUUUUGGGGAGAAGCAGAACACCCUUGAUCGAGUGUUUGUACAGAGGAAGCAAGCCUUGAAUGUACAACAGCAGUUAGAGCUCUGUCAGGCCCGUCGCCACAUCAACCCUCACAUGCUGCAGUGCCAGCUGCUACAGUUGCGAUGUGAGCAUCAGCACCAGCGUGACCAGCUCGCCUACAUUUUCAACUCGGAGAUGAACCAACUAAAGAAUAACCACCAAGAACAUGUUCAUGCGAUCCGCAGUCGCUUUGAGCAGCGUGCGCAACAACUCAAAUCUUUUAUUGAGCAGCUGACUGCCGUUGAAUCGACUCAAACGGACCCACAGUUUGGUCAUCAUGUUGUUACCCACCUUGUCAAGGGGCCAUGUCGAUCUAACAACAACAUAUCGUCCACAGUGACCGUGUGUCUCCCAGCUGAUAUAGCCACUGCCAUCAUCAAGGAGGAUGAAGUCUACGAUAUGUACUAUGUCCACACGAAAAAGUGAAUGUUGUCGUAACAUGGGCUGUGAUCUUGAAGUAUAAUUUAUGGACACAGAACUAUGACUUUACCUCUCAUAGUGCUGUUUCUAGCACAUUGAAUACUCACCUGGAAGGAGUCUGUGAUAUAUAUGUACUAUGCAUUAUUCAAUUUCAGGCACAACAUUAUAAAUUGUGUUUCAGGGGUUUAUCAGAGUAGUUUAUAGGUCCAUUGAAAAAGUGUAUAAUUUUUUACCAAAUUGCCGCUUUAAAGUUCCUAGUUUGGAAAUUUAAAGAAAUUAAUGCAUAUACAUGUUCUGGUAUUUAAAUAAAUUCCUAUUGAUUGACUGUGGUCUCAUAAUGCAAAAUAUGUAGGAAGGACAGAAUAAUCAUGUUGUCAUAAAGACAAAGUUAAAGAAUUUAAUUUCAUGUAAUCAGAGUUGUUAUAAUGAUUAUCCAAAUUUCCUAAAAUGGCUAUUAUAUGUCAAUGAUUUCCCUGAAUUUCAUUGCAGGGUAUGUUUUCCGGAAAAAACCCUGAUAAACCCCUGCGUUUUUGACAGUCUUUCAAAUCGUGAUGUCAUAAUUUAUAAGGUCACAUAGUAGCAAAAGUGAUUGAAUGCACCCAUAUAUAAAUAUCCUGUAUGAGUGCACCCAUAUAUAAAUAUCCGGUACGAGUGCACCCAUAUAUAAAUAUCCGGUACGAGUGCACCCAUAUAUAAAUAUCCGGUACGAGUGCACCCAUAUAUAAAUAUCCGGUACGAGUGCACCCAUAUAUAAAUAUCCGGUACGAGUGCACCCAUAUAUAAAUAUCCGGUACGAGUGCACCCAUAUAUAAAUAUCCGGUACGAGUGCACCCAUAUAUAAAUAUCCGGUACGAGUGCACCCAUAUAUAAAUAUCCGGUACGAGUGCACCCUUGUGUGAUACUUACAUAUCCCAUACAAACAUGGGACAGGAUUAUCUGACAUGCAUAGCAGAUAAAAGAAUAUACAGGAGGUUAUAAAACUCGGGGAUUAGAUUAGACAGGUUUCAUAUAAUAUAUAUAUAUGAAGAACAGAACUGACUGUUCUCAUUAUGCUUGCAUAUAUAUAUGGCACCUUUGCAAUUUCUAUAUGUGGGCCGAAAAUAUCCCAACGUUCUGAUAAAUGGGAAUCGCAAUUCAAUAAAAAAUAAUGUAAGCUUGUAUUGUAAAAUUAAAAACAAACUUCAUUUUUUAAAGAAUUAAAGGAUUCAAGAUUUUUCAGAAUUAAAAAAGAGAAAAUCAAAAGUUUUAUUUGUGAAACUUGAAUCUUGCAAUGAGGUUUAAUAUCUUUAAGUGGUAUAAAUAGAUUUUGGUAGUGAUUUAAAUGUCAAACAAAAGUCUUCGGUAUUAUGCCUUUCAGUGUAGAAAUAUUCAUCUUGUGACAAGGUUAUUAUGCACUUAGAAGAGUAAUGGUUGUGUAAUAGUAAAGAUUCCUUUCUAAUCUCUGUUAAUACAAGAACUUUGUCUCUUUGUAACUUUAUCACAUGUGAACGUGUUUGAUUGAUCAGCAAGAAACUAAAUAAUUUUAGAGAAAAUUUAAAUGAGAGAAAUCCAUUCUUAAGAAAGAUUUGAUCAAGAGAAAUCCAUUCUUAAGAAAGAAUCAAUCAAGAGAAAUCCAUUCUUAAGAGGAAAUUAAGAUAAUUCCAUUCUUGAGAGGAAAUUAAGAUAAUUCCAUUCUUGAGAGGAAAUUAAGAUAAAUUCAUUCCUAAGGGAAUUAAGAUAAUUCCGUUCUUGAGAGGAAAUUAAUCAAGAGAAUUCUAUACUUAUAAUGUGGAAGGAUAUUGAUCCACUCCAAAUCCAUUGAAUCCACAGCUUGGGUGACAUUUAUUUGUAUAAAAUGCACAAUAUAUGUACCAUAUUUGUAGUAAUUAGCAUUCAUGCUUUAUACCAAGCACCCAUUCCAAGAUUUUGGCAUUUAUAAAAUGAAAAAUGAAAUUAUCUAUCAUGUUGGCUCAGUUUUACAAAAUAAAUAACAUGCACCUAAUAUCAACAGUAACAUUUUCUCAACCACAAAUGUACAAACACUCAGCAAUUGCCUUUACUUAUAUUACUGUAUCUUUAAUUUACAUGUAUUAUACUAAUAUGCAUCCCCCUAGCACACACACACUCAAUUUUCCAAGUGCCAUUUGCUAAUUACUACAAACGUGAUAUAUUAAUAUGUUAAAUGUCACUGGUAACUCUGGUAUGCUUCCUUAAUUCAGAAUUAAUAGAAUUGUAUUGAAUUGAUGAUUUAAGGUAGAUAUGACUUCUUGUUGAUGAUUUCGUAAAGUUAAGAAUAUUGAUGUAAUGUUUCUUGAUUUGUUCUUCAUUGUGAUGCUGUAUUUUAUAUAAUUAGAAACAAUUUAUUAAUAAAUGAUUUUUUUCUGAACAUUCCAUCAUGAUGACAUUUCAAAAGCACUUGCUGGAUGUUUAGGUUUCAUUUUUUGCUGUGGAAACCUGUUUCACAAGUCCGAAAUCUGGGGAAAAAACUUAAUGGAAAAAAAUGGUUUCUCUAAAAAAUCUGUAUUUAUAACUUAGUUUAUGAAUUUAUACAUAUGUAGGUGCAUUUUGCAGGAUGAAUCCACUAUCCAUGUGUAUUUCAGUCGACAUUCCCUUUAUUUUUAGAAUCGGGCCAUUUCUGCUGAACAGUUACCUUGGAUUAUAUUGCUGUAAAGGGAGACAAAUCAUGUAGUCUUGUUGGUAUAACUGAUGUUGUUAUAAUUAGCCCUCCAGAAGAUAUACCAGUCUUGGACUAGGGUGUGUUUCUAGCUCUGCAAAAUGAUGAAGUGUCAUGAAUUUUUUAAUGCAUAUCUUAUGACUGGUCCUGGAUUUUUGAAUUUUAUGUCCUCACAAAAUGCCAUUCCCAUAGAUAUUACAGGCAAAAUGUAGAGAGCUGAACAUUUCUUUAUAUGGGUAAAAGAUAAGUUACCUUUCCAAAGAGAGUUUCCAAAAUCUGUGCAAGUCAUGAUGUAUAGUUAACAUAUAAGAUUUGUUAUCAAUUGUAAUUUGCGUAAAAUGAAAACCAUACAUGUAAAGUGGCAAAGGAAUGUUGUUCAGGUGAAUGUAAGAAUAAAGGGUUCCUAAUUGUGUCCCUUGUACAGUGCAAUAGCUGUAACUUUAUCAUUCUGGGUUUAUGUUAAAUUUGGUAGUAUUUAAUAAAGAUGUCUUUAGAUUGUCAUCUGGAAAUUUAUAUAAUGUAAUACUGUAAAACUAGAAUCUUUUGGGAGUGUGGAAAUGCUUUUGUCAAGUAAAUGAACCCAUAAAUAGCCAUGUACAACUAAUUAUGGAUCUAGAUUAUAAAAGUUUGGAUAUACAUUUACAUGAUGAUAUGAUGUACAUAGAUUUCAAAACCAUAGCCAACGUAAUUUUAUUUAACAUUGCGAUUAGUUUAAAAAAACACAAAGAACAUUUCUACACAAAAAAUCCUAUUUUUACACUGACAACAUGGCUUUAAAAAAAAAGGUCUGAAAACCAAACAUUUCCACACACACAAAUUCUUAUUUUUACACUGACAACAUCGCUUCAAAAAAAGUCUCAAAACGAAACAUUUCCACACACAAAAAAUCCUAUUUUUACACUGAAAACAUAGCUUUAAAAAAAGUCUUGAAACGAAACAUUUCCACACACAAAAUUCCUUAAUUUUACUCGGACAACAUCACUAAGUUCCUGCUAUUAUAAAAUAUGUCGUAAAUUUGACACAUAUCUAAUGAUAAAUAUAAGUAAACAUCAACUGUAAGUCAGAUUUUUUUUUUUUACUCUAGGACGUGCAAGUCGGUGAGUCAAUAAUUACAACUUGACAUCAAUUAACAAUAUCUUAUUAUUAACAACUGAUAUUACUUUGUCUUAAUGUUGGUUCCAUUAUGUCAGAUACUCGGUCAUAAUAAUGACUUAGCUACAAUUUCUUAUUAAUUCUUUAUGUUGUUAGAACAACUCGGUUGUGUCCUAAUAACAAUUUGGCUGCUAUAUAUGUAAUAACAAAUUAACUUGUAAAUCAUUAUUACAAUGUAAGAUUUUUUCUUAAUUGACACACAUUGGCUUCCAUCGGUAUUCAUGGUAAGUAUAAGAAUUUCUUGCUUCAGUUUGAAUCUGGAAAAAUAUCCAUUUUAAUACUUUUGUUUUUGUUUUAGAUAGGGAAAUAUAUAGGGCCUGAUUGCUCUUAAGUUACAAUAAUUUACAUGUAAAUACAAUAUUUUUUGAUAGAUUAUUAAUAGAGAUAGGAAACAUUUUUAUCAUAUCUCGAUUUAAAAGUUUGUGCUAUAACAGCAUUGAUUUACAACAGAUGCCAAUGUAAAGUUAUUAGGAAGUCUAGUUUUCUAUAUUUAUGCAAUUAAUAUAACUUUGUUUACUAGUCAGAUAUAUGCAAUAAUUUCUUUAUUGGUAUAUAGAUAUAUGCCAUAUAUUGUAUUUUGUAAAUGGAUCAUAAAUGAUAUCUAAAAAUGUAUUUAAAAAAAUGACUUACCUCUCCUUUACUAUAGAAAUUAGGGAUACAUUGUACUUUGUAUAUUACACCAAAGAUUAUAGUGAUUUUUUUAUUUUCUUGUUUUGAAUCACAAUUAAUAAAACAUGCAAUGGUUAUUUUGUUUUUAAAUUAAUUGAUUAUAAAUAUUGAUCAAACAAUUCUGGAGUAUGAAGUGAAUUAUAUAAAGAAAUGUAUAAUUUACAGAACAAGUAACAACAGACAUUCAGAGUUAAUUGUCAAAUAAAACCUGUUAUUGAUCAAAAUACCGGGUAAUGGUUUUCCUUUUUGUUACAUGCCAAAGAGUUGUAUGAGGGUAAUCCUGUUCGGAAAUAUAGGUAGUGUUAAAUUCUGACUUUCAUGAGAUUAAGGAUUCGAUGUAUGCAGGCCCAGUUGUUAAACUAUAAUUGUCUUUCAACCCAAUAUGAAUAAUGUUAAUCUUGUAAUGUUUUCAUCUUUUAACUCAUUCACCCAAGAAGACACAUUCAAAUUCUUUCAAUUCGAAGGUUUGAAUAGUCCAUUAUGGAA